AUGGGCGAACAGGCUCAAGAUUCUCCGGUGCUUAGACGCCAGUCCGUGAACAGCACUAUCUUAACUUAUCACCCCGCCAAUGAAUCUAACGGCGUGGGUGUGCUCGUCUUACCUGGCGGUGGCUAUUCGUACACGUCAAUGGACAAGGAAGGCUAUCAACCAGCCGCAUGGCUGAAUCAGCGUGGUUACGAUGCCUGGAUUCUAGACUAUGCGACGGCAAAUAACUCGAAAACACCCCUCUACCCGCUGCCCCAGGACCAGGCAUUGGAAGCGGUCAAGCAAAUCCGGGCAAAGAACAUCGUAACGAAGCUGGGUAUUUGGGGAUUUUCGGCCGGUGGUCAUUUGGCAGCAACAACUGUAACAAAUACGUCCGCAGACCUAGACUUUGGCAUUCUCGCAUAUCCCGUCAUCACUCUGGACCCAAAGUACACGCACAAUGGAUCGCGAACCAACCUCGUCGGGAGCAACCCUUCGCCUGAACUUCAGUACCAGCUAUCGGCUGAGAAUCGCGUCACGAAUCUUACUCCACCCGUAUUUUUGUUCCACACCGCCAACGAUGGAGCCGUUCCCAUACAGAACACAUAUUUAUUCGCAAACGCAAUGGCGAGUCACAAAAGGCCUGCGCAGUUGUUGGUACUGCCCGAUGGAGGACAUGGGUUGGGGUUGGCUCUGAGUGACCCGGUGAGGACGUGGACUGGGGAGCUGGAGAGGUUCUUGAAAUACUCCAUCUGA